AUGCCUCCCCGGGUAGAUUUACGCGCAACAGGCACGUCCUUGAAGCCAUGGGCGCCCAGGAAGACCAGUGCUCCAAGUUCGAAAGAUUUGAGCAGAACCUCCCAAAGUCUGUCCACACGUCCAACCUUGAGGGAGGCCGUUUGCGAAGAGGAGGUGCUCCAGUCAGACGUCAUGCCCUUGAGCUGUAUCCACGAAGAGGAAGAUGAGGAGACUUCAAGUCCUAGUCAUGCUUCACGACGUGGGCCUGGCUACAGGGGCACGUCCUCCUCUGCGAAGGAGACAUUGACCGAGGUUGUGGAGCCCCUUGAUGAGAACCUGAACAGGCUGCAGCGGAAGGUGGCUUCCAUGCUCGAGAUGCAAAGGCGUUCAAGCUCUCAAGAGGACCUGAAAAGUCACAGCUCACGUGCCGAAUCAGAGCUCAAGCGUCAUGAACGGAGAGUUCAGGACGAGCCUGUAGUUGCGGAUCAUCCGCAAUAUACCGUGGAAGACCCUGUCGAGUCUCGUCCGUGGGCAAGCUGCGCUUCGCAGCUCAAUACCCGCGCCGCAGGAAGCGGCACGCAAUGCACGCAGUAUCGGGAGCUCCUGGCAGAGCAUUACAAGCAGCAGCUGCAAAUGCUUGACGAAGAGGAGGCUGAGUUGCAACACCAGAUGCGGCUUCGCCAGCAACUCCGCGUCGAAUUGCACGAGGAGCAGGAGAGAUGUGAAGAAGCUGCAAGGACUGCUGAGCUGGCAGAAGCUCAACCAGGUGCACAUGUCGAAGACAGGCAACUGGAGCUGUUACGGAGCUUAGAAGAGCAGCUUCGAAUCAGCGAAGAGCGACGGCUGGAGUUGGAACGUGAGAAUCGCGUGCUCCAAUCACGGAUUCAAAAGACCCCGUCUACGAACAAGCCAUGUGGAGCCAUGCCUCGACGAGAACCUCCAAAGGAGGGAAAGGAGCUUUCAAGGAGGGAAAGGUCGCCAUCCUCUCAGUCGGCUUUUGAAAGGUCCCCACCGGCCACGGCGACGGCGACUCCAGCGGUCUUCAGAGCAGCUUCUCCACGCACACAGGACAAUAGUCACCGCCAGGCCAAGCCCUGCUCACCACCACCGCCUUCUCCCGCGACAGACUGCCGCGACUUCGGGAAGAGGGCCGUGACAACCAGAGGAGUUGCCAAGUUUCAGCAUCCGCGCCCCGCCCGUGUUGUGUUGCCUGCGCGACGCUCGAGUCGUCCGCGUUCAGCUCCUCAGGUCGACAAGAUGCAAGGUGCUCGGCCAGCGAAAGGUCCAGCCCCAACGGUGAAGCUUACGCCGCGAGUGGAAGCGAGUGGAUUCGACGGACGCCUCAAGGAGGCUGCGGCUCCCCUUUCCAGCCGAGCUCGAUUGCCAAGCCCGACGGCGAAGAUGUCUGAGACUACGAUGGCUCCAGACAGCCCGCGGACGAGUUCGCCUGAGGGGCGGACCACGCUCAGUGAAGGCAGUCCUGCUGCGGUGCCCACCUCGAUAUAUGCUGAUGUCCAUGUGCAACAAGAAGCCCUGCCAUCUCAGGGAGCGUUUUCACACUUGGCCAGGGCAGAAUUACCAACAUGGGCGAUGCCUCAAGUGAUGCCAGCCAGCACGAAGAUACAGCUCGGCUCUUGUCAUGACUCUUCGACAGGAGCGGCAGAGACGCUAUACUCGCCUCCGAAGCCGAGGCUGUGCUCCGGGAAGGGCCUCGUGUGGCCCUCCUUAGAUCUUUCGUGGGGAGAGGGCCCUGCGAGCGCUGAAGCGCGACGAGCUGUGCAGCCUUCUUUGGCAGCUCGUGAGGGUUCUACUACCCCGACUGAUUAUGCCGCUGGCAGGUCGCAGGCGAUGUGGGUGGCGCAUCUUGCGCACGAGCGUUCGGGCACUGGUCGAGCCGGGAGCCCACUUCAAGAUCGAGGACUCCUCCGUUCUGCUUCGAUGGCAUGUACAUCUGCUCGUGCAGCAAGCCCCCAAAAACAGAGCUUGGUGCCCGCUGACUUCACCGAGCCAUUGGCGGUGUCACCGUCCCCUUCAAGCGCAAGGAUCUCGUCCCUCGUGCGCUCGUCUUCGACUCCGCUGGUUGGACAGUCAAGGUUUUCAGCCAAGGCUUCGCACCCAGGCCUGAAACUGCCAGCUUGA